AUGAGACGUGCUAUUCUUUCUACUUUAUUUCUUUCUUCUAUUUGUCACGUGGCAAUUGGAAAGAUGAUAGUAUUCUAUGGGACUUUUAACAAUCCUGAUAACUUCAAUAUAACAUUAGAAUCAAAAACGAAUUCUUGGGAGAAUUGUAUUUGCAAGUGUCGAAAUAAUACAAAUUGUUUAUUGGUUUAUCGAAGUCCGAACAAUCUUUCGUGUUACAUGGUUAACUUCGACAAUAGAAAUGCGACAUCAAAUAUGAAGUACACAAAUAAUCCAGAUGAUCUGGAAAUUGCGAUCAAAUCGGACAUCACAAAUUGUUCACAGAGUCAAGAACUUCUUCAAAAUCAGCAAUUCAAUGAAUUGAAAGCAUGUCCCUUUAGCUAUACGAAACUGGUGCGUGAAAACUAUGUUGUUUGUGGAGCGCGAUUGUAUUACAAUUUGACAAAUUCUGAAGCUAUCAACAAGUGUGUAAAUGGAAAUGGAAGAAUUUUGGGCUUGGAGAAUGAAGAAGAACGAUUGCAUUGGAGUGUUCCGAAUCCAGAGUCCAAAAUGAAAACUACAAAAGUGGUUCUUGGAGCAUCCAUAAGUAAUGAAAGAGUGGUAUGGACUGAUCCAUGGAUAACUGGAACCAGUCAAAUGGUUUUGGCCACAGGAUAUCCGAAGGAUGGGUGAGAUUUUCCACUCUCUGAUGUAAGUUAUGAAUAACUAUGUAUAAUAUUUUUAUUCUAGGGAUGAUUGUGUGGUUCUACAGAUGAAUACAACACUACUUGAAUCGGAUAAAUUUGGAAAUUCAAAUUGUGGUUCAAAUUGUCAAGCAAUUGUUCUUUGUGGAUUUCUUAUAUAA